AUGAUGUACAGAUCGCAGCAUGAGUAUUGUCCCCGGGGGGAGGAUUUCUUACCCCGCCCUUUGGUUUUACAUGAAACCGGGAGGAGUGUCCUCGUGUAUUGGCAGAUUUUUGAGACCGGCAGGAUGUGAAUACAAACGAUCUCACAGCUGGCGUUGAAAGAUUGGGGAUUCCUCUCUACAUUGUUCUCAUUUCUGUGACUCGUUCUACCAGUGUGUCAGGAUGGGCUAAAAGCAACUGCUAGCAACUGAGCACCAUACACCUGGACCCUCCAGUCUCAUCUGUGCACAGGCAGUGAGUCUUGGCACCAUGCAAGGACCACGGAGGAAAGUGAAGGUCAUGCUGAUGAUGACAAUGGUGUUCAUCUUCAUAAUCGUGGAGGUCUCUCGUAAUGCUGGCAAGGGUGGUGACAAGAACAAGCUGCUGAUUCCCUCAAAGCGUUUCUGGGCAAAAGAUGUUCCCAGUAAUGCCUACUGGAAUCGCCAACAACAACAGCUAAACUACAUCAACAACCACAACCUAAAAAAUCUCAACUUUACGACUGUAGAACUUCCACAUUGGCUAAACAACACUGUCAGUAUGGACUCCUGUGAGCCAGAUUUCCGGGUGACGACACAGGUUAAGGAUUACAAUUCUCUCCCGCAUCGCUUCAAGGACUUUUUGUUGUACAUGCGCUGCAGGUCGUAUCCCAUCGUGGCCGAUCAACCACAUAUAUGCAAAGACCAACCGUUCUUACUCCUAGCAAUUAAAUCUUUAGUCCCCCACUUUGAUCGACGUCAGGCGAUCCGCGAGUCGUGGGGAAAAGCUGGUCGUGUUGCGAACAGGACCGUUGUUACUGUUUUUCUUCUUGGAAACGCUGCCACAGAGGACCACUUUCCUGAUCUGUCCAAGAUGCUCUCCCAUGAAAGCUCCAUGCAUGGAGAUAUUCUUCAGUGGGAUUAUAGGGACACCUUCUUCAACCUCACCAUCAAGGAUGUGCUUUUUCUGGAAUGGCUGAUUACGCGCUGUCCUGGGGCUAGUUACAUCUUUAAAGGAGACGACGAUGUUUUUGUUAACACUAUUCGCAUUGUAGAAUUCCUUAGCAAUCUGUCCGAUGCCAAAUCCAAGGAACUCUUUGUAGGGGAUGUGAUUACAAAUGCCGGCCCACACAGAGACAAAAAAGUGAAGUAUUUCAUUCCAGAAAGCGUUUUUGUUGGGACGUACCCUGCGUACGCGGGUGGUGGAGGUUACCUGUUUUCGGGACAGCUGGCUAAGAGACUUCAUGAAGUCUCGAGAAGGGUGCCUCUCUACCCUAUCGAUGAUGUCUACACAGGUAUGUGCCUUAUGAAACUGGGCCUUGCUCCUGAGAAGCACAAAGGCUUCAGGACUUUUGAUAUAGAAGAGAAGUACCGUGAUAAUGCCUGUGCCUACAACAGCCUGAUGUUAGUCCACCCCAGGAGUCCACAAUACAUGAUCCAAAUCUGGACCUGGCUGAAGGACCCAGCUUUAAACUGUCAGUAAACUCUCAGGGUUUCUCAUUUUAGCGUUAUUAAUUUGUGAUGUUCAUUAUUGUCAUCAUGUGCAUGUACACUUUAGAGUAUCAAUCCAUUUCACUGUAAAGGUCAGAAGAAACAGCUAUUUAGAUAUGUAUGUAUAGUAAGUGUGGGUCAAAACGGCUGUCCGCAAAGUAUUGGAGCAGCAACUUCGGUUGGUGAUGUUACAAGUAUUUAAAAAGUGCUCCUUUGACAACACUGGUUGAUAGGUCAGAGAUGCUGGAGAAUGUAGGAUUAUGGGCAGUUCAUUUCAGCUGGUCUGGAUGUGACUUGAUGCUAUAGCUCAUUUUGACUACAUGAAGAGUUCAUUUAAAUGAGUACAAGGCCUUUAGGCAGCUACAUUGUAAAAGAGAAAGUUGAAAUUCUCAAGGCACCAUUCAUCAGAUAUCACAAGACCCUUUAAAGAACUUCUAAGAGUCUUAAAUGCCCUGUUUAUGUAGCUUAGUGGUUCAGUGGAAACUCAUGAUAACAAAAAAUAUAUUGAGAAGUUCCCAGAUCACAUAGAGUAAACAGUGUUUUUACACUCUUUAAAUAUUUUUCGAGGUUCUUUUUACAUCCUGCCUUGAGAAACUGUUCAAUUUUAGAUUGUAUGCAUUUAAGAUCAAUUUUCUUUUGCAAUAUCAGACAAUCACUUGUAGGAUCUAACAGCGGAUUAGCCAAGGCUAGACUACUGUUCUCUUUUCAUGAAGUCCAUGAAAAUAAAUGCUGCAUAUUUUGCUGGUAAAGCUGACUGAAACACUUGUGCCUUGCUAAUAUGAGCAGUCCCAGGAUGCUCAUCCUGCUGAAAUCAAAUACUCGAAUUAUUAAAACCAGGCUUGAAAAUGAUAUAUUUUGUAUGGUAAAUGGGUAUUAGGUCUUAGAGUGAACGAGCAAAGGUUGUGGGGUCUUUUGUUUCAAUUUUCAUUUCAAUUUUUAAGAAUUCUUUGACUAAAUUUAAGUUACUUCCAGUUCUCAAAAGCCAAUUUUUCAGUCACAGGAUAAGUAUUUCACUGUUUUGUCAUCAUUUCCAUUCUGUUUAGGAGUAGGAGAAAAGACUCAACUGGCUGCCGUUAUUAAUAAAUUGGACAGAAUUGCCCCAAGUGUGUUAUAGUGACCCCUACUGUUGUUUUAAAUAAAACACUGGAACCUUUUUCAAAACCUGGCAUUGGAACGGAGACUUCUGUCUGACAGAGUAUUAAAUAGUGAGCAUAUUCUGCCAGUCUACUAGAAGUUUAUUUUUGUUUAUUAUUAUUAUUAUUAUUUGUAUUUUGUUUUUUGGUUAGAGCUAUGCACCAGCACAGCAGUGGGCCUUCAAUCUAAAUUAGUCACAUUUAAAGGUGUGUUGACCAUCCACUCAACUAAAUAUUUUCUGCUUGCAAUGCAUCAUGCUUUUAGUUUUUAUGUUAUUCAGCGAGCUGUGAGGAACGAAGGUCAUAGGUAUGUUUAUGCUAUUGUCUGGAAAUGGUAGGGCAAGCGCAUCACUUAACAUUCUGAUGCUGUGUUUGGUAAGGGAAACAAAUUUUUUUAUGUGUUCUUAUUGUACAAAAUGCAUAUAUUUCUAAACUAUUAUGUGACAUUUUCAGCUGAUCACAAAGGUAGAUUGCACAUGUUUUAUACAUUGGUAUUAAUAGAUUUUACUACACACGUUUAAGGUCUCUAACUUCUCAGAACGCUGUACAAUUUUGUCUUUGCUGAAUAUGGUUGUGAUGGAAGGCAGUUUGAUGGAUUAAUUAUGCAUUGGACGCAUAGCAUUACAAACACUCCUUUACAGUUGUAGUUUUUGUCAGAUAACCUGUUUUAAAGUACGUAAAAAAGGUUUUUAUACUGCAUCCAUAUCACAAUAUUUGAAUGUUUUGGAUGUGCUAGGUUCAUUGCUGUAUGUUCAUUGUGUGUGUGGUUGUGUGUAAUUAUGUAUAUUUAUAUGUAUUUAUGUAUACAAGUUUGGUAAUGAUUGAGUCUGAGAGAAGUAAUUGAAAUACUUUUCCAGGAAUUAAACUGUAGCUCUGUCAGCUGAAUGUCAUUGGGGUUUUUAGAUAAAUCUACACCAUUUUAAGUGAAAUUCCUAAUAAAGUAUAGAUACUUAACUUUCCAGUAAAAAAAAAUGUCAAAUGGGUUACCUAAAAUCAUGUGUUGAAAAUCAUAGCCUUUUAUUUAUUUUUUGCCAAUAUUUUUGAGAUCUAGAAGCACCAAAAUGUACCUGGUAAUGUGUCUGAUUAUAACAGUCAUCAUUUUGAAUAUUUGAAUAUAUUUAUACGCACAUUUCUGUUAAUAUUUUUGUUAUGUCUCUGCUGGCUCUUGAUUUAAUUCCCAUAAUAAAUGAAGUAAGCUUUAA